CGAUGGUCCUGUCAGCCCGCCGAGAUCUGUUGGCUUUGGCGGCCAUGCACACUUUGGAUUUUGAUUCAUGAGAGAGUAGUGUCUCUUCAUGGCACUACGCGAGCUCUCCGUGCGCCUCCAUUCCAGCAGUCACAGUGAGUGAGUCCUGAUUGAUGUCUACCGCUACGUGCGGAGCGGUCUCCUUCGCAUCCACCCACCCCUUUUCCGACCCACCGACCGACCAUGUCCGCUGGGGCGGAGUGCGAACCUCCACCACAUCGAAGCGUGGCGGAUGUCAACAGCUUCCCACACCCUUCGUGCCCUGCCGAAUACACGGCCUCUACUGUCGAUCAACCAAAGGCGGGUCUAGGCUAGAUCUGAUACAGCGCGCCCUUGCAAUUUCGCCUGGGCUCCGGCCGCACCUGGUCGUUGCCAUACACGUUCAAAUCGCUAUUCGGCUGGCGACCUAUUUUACCAAGCCCAUCACUCAUUCCUAAACAUACACGAUGGAUAUGGUCACCAGCCAGACUUGCUUCAUAAUUCACGAUUCGUGAUUGGUGAUGUUGAAGCUAUAUCGAAAGAAGCGGAGGUCGAGCCGGGGAAUAGAGGUGCAUGCAUCGUAC